AUGCCUGACCUUCCAGCCGUUGAGCUUUCCGGACAGGCUCACCUCUGUAUCCAACAAGCUCUCGAUGCUGCUUGGGCAGACUCAACGCUCCGCAAAUACUGUAGUGCGAUCCGCAGCUUUCUCCUCUUUUGCGAGCUAGAACAUAUUCCUUCGGAGUCUCGUUGCCCUGCCAGUGAAGCCCUUCUAUGUGCCUUUGCCUCUUCUCGUUUGGGAUCUCUCGCGGGUGACUCUGUUCGAAACCAUAUGUCUGCCCUUAAGGCUUGGCAUGCUUACCACAAUGCCCCUUGGUUGGGCAGCUCUCGGCUCCACUUUGUUUUGAACGGUGUUUCUAACCUAGCUCCCAGCUCUUCUUCGCGUCCCCAGUGGCCUCCUGUGACUUGCUCGAUGCUGCUGAUACUUGCCUCUCACUUAGAUCUCUCAUUGGGUCUCGAUGCCUGUUGCUUGGCUGCCGCUUGUGCCGCCAUGUGGGGUCAGCUUCGUCUAGGAGAGAUUCUGUCAAGUUGGGAAAAGUCCUUCAAAGAAUUUCACAUCGCCUGCAGGAGUGACCUCUCUGCGCCCUUCAAUUCAAAUGGCUCGCGCAAACUCCAUCUGCCUUUCAUGAAGGUGAAGAAAAACAAAGGGGAAGAAGUCAUCAUCUGCCGCCAAUGCGACCUUUCGGAUCCAAUCAAUGCUUUGGAACAUUACCUUGCCGUCAAUGUCUUUGCAGAACAUCUCCCCCUCUUCUGCUACAUUUCACCUGCUGGUAUCCGUUGCCUCACUCGCCGGAAACUGUUGACACGCUGCAACUCGAUUUGGGCAGCUGCAGGAAUUCCAUUUGCGUCCGGUCACUCAUUUCACAUUGGAGGUACUACUGAACUACUACUCUCUGGUGUACCUCCAGAUGUCGUCAAGGCUCUGGGCCGCUGGUCAUCUGAUGCUUUUCUUUGUUACUGGAGAAACCUGGACCUCCUGGCUCUGCGGCAUAUUGAAAACCUUCCUCCUGCCUUGCACAACGGCUCCGCCUUCUCACGUUCGGGCAGCGUGCCUCGUUCCUCGUCCCAGCGGCUCCGCCUGGCCUCUGGCUCAGGGUUGGAGUCUUCCUCCCUUCGGCACGCACCUGGUCACAGGCCAUCUCCUUGA